GAGGACCAGAAAAGAGGGAAAGGGGGCGGAGAAGAGGAGAGGGACAGGGAGGGAUCGCUGCAAGAAAUAGCCUACGGAACGGAAGAGGUUCUGGAUCACGUGGAGGAUAAGGAACUGCUUUCUUUUAUCUCUUGGGGAGGAUCCAAGGAAGGAAUCGAUCGGCGAUCGAUAUAUCCGGGGUUGAGAUCAUAGCGAUGACGGGAAAUUAGAGGAGGGAAAGAGCAGGGAAAAGGAACGAGGCUGAAGGAGAGGAUGGAGACUGGUACACCUCUCUAGAUCCAGGUACAGCAACCCUAGUUCCUCAUAUCUGUAUGAUUUCUGUAGGUUCUCUUGCAACUCGAGUUUGCGCGAGGAAAAAGGGAUUUGGGUGCCAGAAGCUGCUAUAAUCUGCCGAAUUUGGCUUCGAUGAUCAGUUUCCUUGCAUGUCGGAACAGGUUUUUGGUUUCUUGGUCACAGGGAUAGGGGAAACGUGGUCUUUGACUGAGGGUCAUAGAUAUGCACGGAUCGGAAUCUGCAAUCUAUCUCUUGUACAUACUGAUGAUCAUGGGCUUGGAUCUGCUUUUGGCAACGCCUUCGCCUUCUUCGCGAUGUACUUGUCAUGGGACUCGGUUAAGGACUGCGCGGUUGGAUGAUCAGCUGUUCUUUGCGUUAUCAUUUCGUCUCUCGGCAUGUGUCUUUACCAAGGUUUUAGAAGAUUUAGGUUUCCAGGCCACGAGGCUGCUGAGAUUGUUUUUACCAGGCUCCUGCUUCUUGUAGAUCUUACCAUUUACCACAGCAUGGCCAAGAUCUACCUUUGAUCGAUCAGUUUUAGGCAUUGACUUGGGUCUGGAUCUGCUGCCUUUGUGAUCAUCUGCUAUUUUGGCGUAACAGGGCUGAUUGGUUUUGUUAUUUUUUAACAGAUGGGAUUGACAUUGCUUCUGGUGCCAGGCAUUGUUUCUUGUCCUCGAACAGCCUACUUACUGGUUACCUAGAUCAUGUUAGGGUUCACAGGAUUGAAGAAUAAUUAUCAGGAUGCUUUGAUUCUUAUUGCCCUUUUUCAAACAACUACAUAAUAUUUUAUUUCUGCAACAUGAUCCAGAACAUCUCUGAUGCUCAUGGACUUUUUGUCCAUAUCACUCUGGAAUUUAUGAACAUUCUCUCAGUAGGUGGACCGAGUAUUCAGCACUUUGCAUCCUUCUUUUGGAUUCCGGCCUUCCUAAUUAGGGAGCAUUUUAUUAAAUUGCUUGUGGAGGUGUUUGUUUUAUUAAGAAGGCAGAAAUUUGAUUCAUUUAUAUCCUUGUGCUGUAUACCAUAUCUCCAAAGUUGAAACCAAGGAUCAGUAUCUGCAAGACUUUUUUUUGGCACAUCCGCUCAAGAAUUUUGUAUCACUGGGAGAUAUGCUGAAUAACAUUGGAAUUGAAUUUCCAGGAGCUAUAGAUUCUAACUUGAACUGGGCGAUAGCUGAGAGUGGCAAGCAAUGGGCUGUUAAACGAGCUAGAACUUCAUUUUCUGGAGGGAGAAAGAAAAAGUCGGGUAGCAUAAUUUCCAAAGAGACUCAAGUGAUCUUGGAUAAGCAAUCCAAUGGAACAGGAGAAAUGCCUCUCUCUGAUUUCGAGAAGGUUGGUGUCAGUAUUCUUGGGCAACACUUCAGUGAUUCCCUCAAGAUUGUCCCUAUUAAGAAAAGGAAACUCCUGUUUGCUCGAUCUCCAUCAUCUCCAUUGCAAUCAUCAUAUUCAGAUUAUUCUGAUCAUUUAUUAGAGGGCCAGUCUUCUUCUGAGCCAUUAGCAUAUGACAAUGACCAUGAUAAGAGAUUUGUUGACAACAGAGAACCCAUUUCACAACAUGCGAUUGAGCUUAGUGCUGCUGAUUUCUCAGGUAUCUCUAUAUUGGCUGCUGCUGCCUGCAAUUGUGAAAUGGUGGGUCAAGGCUUAAAUUCAGGUUACUUAGUCACGACAGAAAAUUCUUUCAAGGAAAUCAAUUUAGAAUCAACCAGUGAUGAAAAAACACUUUCUUUAUGUCAAAAGGAGCUGCAAUUACAGCCACAUGAAGAUUUACAAGGCAAUAGGCUGGAUAUGGUAACUCAUUCAACUGCAGUUUCUGUAGAUGAAGAGAACUUUUGUGAAUCACAGAACAAAAAAAGCUCCUUGUUGCAAAAUGUUCAUGAUAACAUAAAAUCUUCCUCUGUUUCUAGGCUUCACUGGGAUCUUAACACUGAUAUGGAUGCAUGGAAUAGCAAUUGUGAUGAUCUUGCAGUCUCUGAGUCAAUUAUUACUUAUCCCUUAUGUGAAAAUGGGGAACUUGAUGAGAAGUUGGAAGGUAGUGAAAUUCAUCAACAAGAACAGGAAGAUGGGGAAAAUAGAUGUCCUUCAGAACUUGGCAAGAUCUUGGACAUUCGACAGGACAGCCCUCUUAAAGAGGCAUCACCAAAACCUGAUAUAGGUAAUUGUUUGAUUGUUAAUCAUGAGAACGCCCACUCUUUUGCUAAUUCUGAUAAUUUGGUUAAAAAGAUGCAUUCCUUGGAUGAUAUGACUGUUUCUUUAGUUAGCUCUACUGAGGAAGCAAAACUCAUGCAUGGUACUCCAGGGAUCAACAUUUGUGGUGCUCAAGUUAUUUCUUCAGAAGUUGGUAAUGCUCUUGGCUCAUUGAGAGACGGUUCAUUGGCAAUUGAGGCUACCCAAAAAGAAAAGGAUAAGAUGGGUUCUGGCUUGGAGGUGAAAGUUAAACCAGUGCUUUCUCAUUCUCCUUUAAAUGAGAAUGUUACUUGUGACAAUGAUGCUAAGUCUCUUUCAAGCAUGAUCCAGUUGAUCUGCAAGCCAAUCUGUAAUGAAAAUGUAAAUAUUAUAGCAUCAAGUUCUGAGAAACUCCCUGAUGAUCAUUGCCUGACUAAUAGUGUAGGAGAGAUUUCUACAUGCAGCUCUCUGAUCAAGGAGCAUGGAGUUCUAAAUACUUCUGUAGAGAGUAGUGAUCGGCACCUUCUGGUUGCAGGAUGUGGCACCUCUGGUGGAACAAUACAUUCUGAUGGAUCAGAUGGCUUCAAUGGCAUCUACGUUGAUAAGUCUUCUGGAGCAAUGUGCCCAAGACCAUCAUUAGUUAGUCAUGAACACAAUAGCCCUGGGACAUGUGACCCUCAUGAGCAGAAGUUUGGAGUGGCAUUUGCUGCUAAGUGUGAAAAUAUAAGAGAAGCUAUGAUGGUCGAUGAUGAUAAUUUUGUUGGCCCCAAACCCCUUAUCUAUGCUACUGUUACAGCUGUGCCAAAAUCCUUUGAAUAUGUAGCUGAUGCUAAGAAAACAGAUGAGUCAUGCAAAAGCAUCAAGGACAAUUGUCAAAAUUUCCAUGGUGACCAUGACUCAGAUAAGUUUCAAGUUGGUGAUGUUGCCACUGAACCUGAAAAAAGCAACCUUGUUGGAGAUGAUGAUUCUCAAUUUGAGGAUGGUGAAUUUAGGGAAUCUGUUCUACACAGUUGGGGUGAAGAUGUUGAUGAAAUGGAAUUUGAACAUGUGGAUUAUGGGUCUGACAAUGGGGAGAAUGAUAUCUCUCAAGCUGUUUCUGUCUUACCUUCUCCUACCACUUUCUCUAUGGAGAACAUGACAUUCAAAACCAGGAGCAUAGCCAAUGCUGAUGAAGUGUGUGCUGGAAAGGAUAAGCAAGUCAUUUUUUCUCAGCAACCCUUCUCUAGAUGCAAAUCCAUGCCAGAUGGUCCAGAUGCAGGAGAAGUGAAGAGAAUUCCUGCUGAUAUUGAUCAGAAAAAUCAUUCUACAAAUAAUAAUAACGAAAUGGAAAGAGAUCAUACUGGAUGUAAUAAUGAAUGUGACAACGGUAGGGAACCUUUGGCAAAUGUGAGGAUGAAGUCAUCAGGAUGGGACCAGCUGCCAGAGGGUGGUAGGCAUACUGGAGAUAGCCUUUUGGAUCAUGGGAUUGCUGCUACUAGGCUUGGCGUUCCUUCUGGUGCUUUACAUUUGUUUAUUGAAGAUGAAUCAUUUAGAAGAUCUGGUUCAUCUUUUAAGGGAGCUUUAUCAUCUAGAGUUGAGGCGCCAAAUUCCCCAGAUGAGACAUGCAGAAAAGAUAAAUUAUAUGUCAGAUUAAGCAGGUACGGUGGACACAAUAAUCUUGAAGAAAAAGCUAAAAGAAAUGCUACUCAAAACUCAUCAGGGUGGAGCGGAUCAUCUGGACAUGCUCAAGACAGAGUCAGGGAUGACCAUUGGUUUGAUUCUCCACAUUCUCGUGGUUCCAGAUAUCAUGAUUCACCAGGUUACUAUGAUGCACAAAGUUUUGUGCGACCUUCUUCAAGGAAUGCAGCUGCAGCUGCUGUCGCUAAGGUAGAGAGUAAUGGGUUUGUUGUUGCACCUGAUGGAACCUUAGUGAAGUCAGGCAGUGCUACAUCUGUUAGCCGUGUGCCCAAAAAACCGGUGAAUGGGUCUUUGCAAAGGACCCAUCCAUCUUGGUGGGGGCCACAAGCUGAGAGAGAUCAUCCAUGUGGGCUACAAAGAAGACUCCAAAAUUCAAGGGAUAUAAGCCCUGAUAGGCACUUCAAUGUUGGUAGGGGGCAGGGUGGUAGAUAUGCUCACGAACUAGACAGCAAUCAAUAUGGAAGAUCUAUUCCUCAUGACAGAACAGAAUCAUCCCUAUCAGGGCACCGUUUGUCCACAAGAGAUCGAAGUUACUCUCCUGACAGAAGACCUCUUCGUCUUCCUCAUUCUCACAUCAUCUCUCAUUCUAGAUCUAGAACUCGUUCACCUAUUCGUUGCACAUCUCCUAGGGCAAGAAAUGAUAUGGAGGCAAAUGAUGUCCCCAGUUUUCGCAGGCACAGAAGGUCUCCAGUAGCCAGAAUGGAGAGAAUGAGAUCACCCAACUCCAGGAAUAGUUUUGAGGAGAUGUUUUUUUAUGACUCUGCAGCUCUUACAUCCCCUUCGCAUUCUACAAGAUGGAUUGAUGAAAGGAAAGAAUCACCCAACCAUCUAAAGGAGCAUGGCUACAGGCGAAGUUCUGGUAGAAGCCCAUCUACGAGAGUGUAUAAUGAUCAUAGGUUUCGUUCCAUCGAGUCCCAUGGAAGAUCAAAGCCCAAUGAUUACUUUCGCUCUCCUCAGUCAAACAGAAAAACAGCAUACGCUGACUUCAGCAAGGGAUACAAGUAUGAUAGUAGUAAUGAUAGAAGGGGACAUGAUGGCAGAGAAAACUAUCUUCGUUCCAUGAGACAGUAUGAUGACAAUAAGAAGCACAUAAGGUAGGUUGUUAAGGGUGUUUUCAAGAUCAUGACUGUGGGAAUUCAUGAGGUUUCAGCAACUAGGGAGCCUACAGAGUUCUAAGGAGAGCAUAAAUCAUUUAUGUACGACAGUUGUGCAUAUCGUACAAUGUGUAUUUUGCUUCUGCUUGUCUGGACAACAGAGAGGUCCAUUAAUACUUUUUUUUUUCUUUCAAGGUAAAGGCACCUCAAAGUUGCUUCUUCAUCUGUCCACCUUGUAAAACCAUUGCAAUUGUUAGUCGAAAUUUUCAAUUUUUGGGAUUUAGGUGCUGACCUUCAUUUUCUAUUUUUUUAUAAAUUAUGUUGGACCAUUUUGGGUGGGUUGUACUCUCUUUAUUAUCUCACUGAAAUAUGACUAAUUACUGAAA